GCUGCGAUUGGUUGGUUCCACCGCCUGACCGGACGAUGACGCCAGAGCGCGAAGAUUCAAACUGCAGCAGCAGCGGCGGCCGGAGCCGAGUGAGGGAGAGCUGCGUUAUCCCUCCUCUUCCUCAGGAUCUGUUUUUGCCAUGGCUGCCAGCUUUGCCGUCACACCAUGAGAUCAAGCCCCCGUAGGCCACUGAUACUCAGGAGACGCAGAUUGAACCUUCCCUAUGAAGAUGUCGUCUGCGGAGCGGAGGCUCCGGAUCAGAGGCAGACCCCCAUGACCGCAGUUGCGGAGCAACAGGGACAGGACUCGGCUCAUAGGGGAGAGCAAACGGGAACCCCUGAUUCAAGCCUGCUUGUAGAGCCGGAAGUGAGAAGAACACCAGAGCCAAGCCUGGUCCGCAGGUGGUCAAUAUUGCGGACCCCAGAACAGACUCAGCGUUCUGAGACCGUUGCAAGUCCCAACCAAAGCCACAACGCCAGCUUAGGAAUCUCUGCAUCUUUUACACCAAGUUCUCCUGCGGUCAGAGCAGAAACUCCUGGUGUACCGGCCGGAAUAAGAAUCAUGGGUCACCCGACCAUUCCAAAUACUCAGCUUGUGGUUAUCCCCCUUCACUCUGAUGUGGAAAGCAUCAUACAGGCAUUAACCGUCAGGGGUAAGGAGAGUGGUCCCAACAAAUUCAUUCUCAUCACUGGGAGCGCCUCCUUUCACGCGCAGGCUGAAAAACUUGGGUUUCAAAGCAAGGGAGAUGAGAUGCAGACUUUACAGAUCGACGCCUCGCCCUCUCCCCACCAUCAGACACCAGCUGACGGCAAGAAAGUACUACCUCAGGCGCCAAAGGAAGCGGACGUUAGCUCGACCAGCAUAAGUCCACUGGGGAAGAUGAGCCCUGUGAGGCAGGAGCCGCCCAGCAUAAAGAUUGAAGGUGACGAGAAGGAGAACCACACCUCUGAGAUUGUCAAUGUUAAGGUGGAGGAAGACCUGGCAGUGCCCCCCCAGAAGUGGCAGCUCUCCAUCUCCGAGCGCCCCCCGUACUCUUACAUGGCCUUGAUCCAGUUUGCCAUCAACAGCACCCCCACCAAACGCAUGACCCUGAAGGACAUCUACACCUGGAUUGAGGACCACUUCCCCUAUUUCAAGCAUGUGUCUAAGCCUGGUUGGAAGAAUUCCAUCCGACACAACCUCUCAUUGCAUGACAUGUUUGUGCGGGAGAGCCCUGGCAACAACAAGAUUUCCUACUGGACCAUCCACCCCCAGGCCAAUCGCUGCCUGACGCUCGAUCAGGUCUUCAAGUCCACCGACUCUGCGUCCUCUGUCUGCAACGAAUCGCAGCAGAAGAGAUUGAUCCCGGAGCUAGUCAGGAACACGCAGUGUGCAGCUACCGGAACUAAAGCUCCAGAACGGAGGAUGAAACCCCUACUGCCGCGGAUCGACUCCUAUCUCAUCCCGGUCCAGUUUCCUAUUGCUCAGCAGGUUAUAUUCUCUCCGCUGGAGUUCUGCAGUGACCCUGGGCCGUCCGAAGGGCCGCGAUGCAGCAAGCGCAUCAAGAUCGCACCUAAGGUCCCCGUGGAGACAAAGGAGCCGCCUUCGGUGCUCCCAUCACUGCCUGUUAAAGUGGACCCCAUCUCCCCGAAUGUGAGGACGUCACCCGCUGCUCAGUGUAAGCAAACGAGUGGAUCGCGGAGAAAGCAGCGACUGGUCACCCCCAGGUCUCAGGAGCCGGAGCUCGUCUUGCCAGACAGCAGCAGCUCUGAUUCUGGCCUCGACACCGAUUUUUCCUUCCUGCAGGAUACACAAGCACAAGAGAGGACCUUCCAGCUCACUCAGGAUGAGACCUAUUCCUUCAAGACCCCCAUCAAGGCGAAACUUUUGCAACCCCCGUCAUCUUCCACUCCCAGCAAGCCAGCUGACGGGGGUUCCCUCCCGCCAGGGGAAGCUGAGACACCCCAGCCCAGAGAUCCUCUGCCAGAAUUUAGUCCUGUCCGAUUUCCCCUAGGCUCCGCUCUCACCCCCUUCAAGGACAGCUUUGGUGCCCUCUGCUUUGGAGAGACCUCUUUCAAAGACCUACCGUACUUUGGUUCCCCCAUAGACCUAAUGGUAAAUCAGUCUCCUGCUUCCCCUCAGCCAGAGAUGCUGGACACGCCAUUAGAUCCACAGAGUCAUAAGCGUUGUUCCAAGGAACUGCAAGUAGGGGGCUCCACUAACCGCUCGCUGCUGGAGGGACUGGUGCUGGACACUACAGAUGAGAGCCUGAGUAAGAUCCUCUUGGACAUCAGCUUCAGUGGCCUGGAGGAAGACAAUGGUCUGGGAGUGGACAAUUCAUACUGGGGGCAACUGCUCGCGGAGUUGAGACAGGAGUUACUUUAAUUCACGCCACCUCCUUUAUAAUGCCACGUAUGCCUCCUUAUUACGCUGUGUGAUAAGGAAGGGGCAAGACGGACACUGUUCUGUCCCCAGCGGGCGAGGUUCAUAGCCGCCUCCUACAGUAUAAUCAUAUAGUUGAUGGGGAACCCAUGUUAUUUGGCCUGUAAGUGCUCCUAGGUUGUCUAGUGAGUUGGGUGUUUCUUAGUUUUUCAUCUGCUUUCUGAACUCAUUUCAUAGUUAACUGUUGCUGGCUGGCUGAAGUAACGGCGGGGUUAAAUCAAUACACGACUUAAUUUCUUUUCACAGCGCACGGAAUCACGGAUCUGACGUAUAAUCGCAAAACUUCAGUGACUGCAGAACCUGCAUCCCCCCCCCCCCGACCCGCUAUGUGCAUUUGCUUUGGAACUGACUAUCUCCGCCACAUAUAUUUAUAUAGAUACUUCUGUAAAUACUGUACAUUAUUCAGGUGUAGCGCCCCCCCCCCC